UGAACCGCAAACUUGAGCGCAAAAGAAAUUAGCAAUCAGAGCUUGCAGACGUGUUUCCGUAAAGUGCAGACUUGAACGGGUAGACAUUGUGGGACUUUACCAUUUUGAAUAUUUUUUAUUGGAUCAAACAAAAAUGUUGUGAAUAUGCUCAAAAAUUAAAGAAGAGUAGUGAACAUCGGUAUUUGUACUUCAAAAUUUCGAAGGAAGGAAGGAAAACCUCAGUUCACGAAGAGAUUUUAAGAAACAUUGCGUCAAAAACGCCUGAUCAAGUCAAGAAUUCGUUUAAGAGAAAGUAGAAGCAGCAGUACAAUAGAUAAUAUUUCAUUUUCUAAGAGUUUUAGAGAUUUCUUCAAGCGACCGAAGGAAGCAUCGAAAUGCGUAAAAUCGCCGAUUUAUUUUAUGGUCGCGGCAAGCAUGACUUCGAGACAACUGAAUCAUUUGUACUCUUGUCGCGUAGUUUUGCUGCAAUCGGUUUUUUACCAAAAAUACCGAAACGUAUUGUUGACGUAAUUCAUCAGCUUAUUUGUUGGAGUUGCAUUUUCAGCUGCCCUUAUCUGUUUGUUUCUGGAGUGGUAAAAACUAUGCACUCUUUACCGAUAACAAUCGUACUUGCGCAUUUAGGAGUCGCUAUUAAUAGUAUUGUAUUCCCUUUGAAAGCUGUUUAUAUUAAAGCCAAUAUUGACCGUGUGGAUGACAUCAGAAAGAUUUUCAACGCUUUGGAUAAACGUUAUCAGCGACCGCAAGAUCAGAUGCAAAUCAGAGACUCAGUCAAAACUUGCACACGCAUAUUUGUUGUUUUUUGCAUUGUGUAUUGGUUGUUUGGCAUAUCAAGUUGGUUGGUAGCGCUUUGCAUACAUGAAUAUCCGCAUGGCAAUAACUUGCCAUUCAUUGAUUGGUUGCCAGAAUCUAAUUUGAGAUUUUGGCUUCACUUCAUCUUUGAGGUAGUAUUUCUGCACGAACUGCUACAAAUGAGUUUGACAAUGGACUCGUUUCCUGCUUUAUAUAUACGUGCUUUGCGUACACAUAUGAAUCUCUUGUCGGAUCGUGUGAGUCGUUUGGGCCUUAAUCCCGAUUUUAGUGACCAGGAGAAUUUUGAAGAAUUAGUCGAUUGCAUCGUUUCGCAUCAAGAAAUACUGCAGAUUUCCGAUACUGUUGGCAAGAUCCUUUCGCUCACCACCUUCUUUCAAUUUACUGUAUAUGCCGCUAUACUCUGCGUCUGUAUGCUUAACAUGUUCGUAUUUGGCGAUGCAUCGACCAAGCUGGUCACGUUAGUUUAUCUGUUACCCGUAUUCUGGCAGACCACUCCCACCUGUUAUCAAGCUUCGAUGCUCGAGGCGGACAGCGCUAAGUUACCUCUAGCAAUUUUCCAUUGCAAUUGGUUGGCUUUGGAUAAACGUUGCCACAAAUUAAUCAUCUAUUUCAUGCAACGCGCUCAGCAGGAGAUCUCCUUUACCGCAAUCCAAUUGUUUGUGAUUAAUUUGAGAACCAACUUGUCGAUCGCCAAGUUCUCGUUCACUUUAUAUACUUUCAUAAAUGGGAUGGGCUUCGGAGAGACAUUAAAGGAUAGACUAGAGUAAAAUUUAACAUUUUAGAAAGGACUUACAAAAACAAAAAGCAAAUGGCACAACAACAAUACAACUUAUCUAGAGAAGAUUAUAUAGUUGACAUAUUAUUUUAAACACUUCGCAACGUUGCUGUAAUCUUACUUUGCACUGUAGUCAUGAUUAAAAAAAUAAUAAAAUAGUUGCACUAUGCUU